GCGCUCGCCUUCAGGAGAAAUCUGAGACCUGGAUGAGCCUUCGAGCACUACGAGAAUAUUUAAGUGAAGGAGACAAACCAUGGACUUGUUACGGUGUGGCAUCGGACCGAUCGCGUGCUUUUAAUUCGUUUGUAGCACCCUCUACCCUCCACCCCAUGUCACAUCUGUCCCUGAACUAUGGAAAUUUUGUGGAAGACGCUGACUUGGACACUGAGCCUGGUGGUGAUGGCUGCUUCUGAAUUUCAAAGCAUCAACAGACUUUCACACAACUCUCAAGAGGAGUUCCUGUCCUACCUGCAGCACUACCAGCUGACUGUCCCGGUGCGGGUGGAUGAGAGCGGAGAGUUCCUGAGCUACACUGUGAAGCACCAUCGGCCGGGCCGACGGAGACGGGGGGCGGUGGACCCCAUAAUGGCACAGCUGCCUGAGUCAGACCCAGACCCCCCAGAGUCCCGACUCUUCUACAGACUGUCAGCCUACGGAAAGCACUUUCACUUAAACCUGACACUCAACCCCCACCUGGUGUCAAAACAUUUCACAGUGGAGUAUUGGGGCAAAGAAGGGCUGGAGUGGCGUCAUAACGCGGUAGAUAACUGUCACUAUGUUGGAUUCUUGCAAAAUCAGCACAGCAGCACCAGAGUGGCACUCAGCAACUGCAAGGGCCUGCACGGUGUUAUAACGACAGAGGAAGAGCAGUAUUUGAUAGAGCCAUUAAAGAACACAUCCUCCACCACCUCCGGUGAAUGGAACCUGGAAGAAGCACAGCAACAUGUUAUUUAUAAAAUGUCUGCCAUUCCCUCACCACAAGAGCAUAGCCAGGAGUUCAGCUGUGGCAUUUCAGACCUUAUUAAAAGCAGUGCACCCUGCCAGUUCAGCACACCUUCCCCUGUCCACUCGUCCCCCGUACCCCAAAACGACAGCGAGCAGUCGAACAGCACCCACAGACAGAGGCGCUCCGUCAGCUCCGAGCGCUUCGUGGAGACGCUUGUGGUUGCCGAUAAAAUGAUGGUCGGAUACCACGGACGCAAAGACAUUGAGCACUACAUCUUGUCUGUAAUGAAUAUUGUUGCCAAACUUUACCGUGAUGCCAGUCUAGGAAAUGUUGUGAACAUUAUUGUGACCCGGUUGAUUGUUCUGACUGAGGAUCAGCCUAACCUGGAGAUUAACCACCAUGCUGACAAGUCUCUAGACAGUUUCUGUAAGUGGCAGAAGUCCAUCCUGUCUCAUCACAGCGACGGUAACAGCAUUCCUGAAAACGGGAUGGCUCACCAUGACAACGCCGUCCUAAUCACCCGGUACGACAUCUGCACCUACAAGAACAAACCCUGCGGUACCUUAGGCUUGGCCUCAGUGGCUGGAAUGUGCGAGCCGGAGAGGAGUUGCAGCAUCAAUGAAGAUAUCGGCCUCGGUUCUGCUUUCACCAUCGCGCACGAGAUCGGCCACAAUUUUGGGAUGAACCACGAUGGGAUCGGGAAUUCCUGCGGUACUAAAGGCCACGAGACAGCCAAGCUAAUGGCCGCUCAUAUAACAGCCAACACCAACCCUUUCUCCUGGUCCGCCUGCAGCAAAGACUACAUCACCAGCUUUCUCGACUCAGGUCGGGGGACGUGUCUGGACAAUGAACCUCUGAAACGAGACUUCCUGUACCCAACAGUGGCCCCGGGGCAGGUGUACGAUGCAGACGAGCAGUGUCGCUUCCAGUAUGGAACCUCCUCACGCCAGUGCAAGUAUGGGGAAGUGUGUAGAGAGCUCUGGUGCCUUAGCAAAAGCAACCGCUGUGUAACCAACAGUAUCCCCGCUGCAGAGGGGACCCUGUGCCAGACUGGCAGCAUUGAGAAAGGGUGGUGCUACCAGGGGGAGUGUGUUGCGUUCGGUACCUGGCCUCAGAGUGUGGACGGAGGCUGGGGAUCCUGGUCAUCGUGGGGGGAGUGCAGCAGGACCUGUGGGGGCGGUGUAUCCUCCUCCAUGAGGCACUGUGACAGCCCAGCCCCGUCUGGAGGAGGAAAGUACUGUCUCGGAGAGAGGAAACGUUACAGAUCUUGUAACACCGACGCCUGUCCUGUAGGAUCUCGUGAUUUCCGAGAGAAGCAGUGCGCCGACUUCGACAGCAUGCCGUUCCGUGGGAAGUACUACAACUGGAAGCCGUACACCGGCGGUGGUGUUAAGCCCUGUGCGCUGAACUGCUUAGCAGAGGGCUAUAACUUCUACACAGAGCGCUCUCCUGCAGUCAUAGAUGGCACCCGAUGUCAGGCCGACUCUCUGGACAUUUGCAUCAAUGGAGAGUGUAAGCAUGUGGGCUGCGACAACAUCCUGACCUCCGAUGCUAAAGAAGAUCGAUGCCGGGUGUGUGGAGGGGACGGCAGCACCUGCGAGGCAACAGAGGGUCUCUUCAACGAGUCUCUACCCAGAGGAGGCUACAUGGAGGUGGUUCAGAUCCCAAAGGGAUCCGUUCACAUCGAGAUCAAAGAAGUGGCCAUGUCGAAGAAUUACAUCGCACUGAAAUCUGAAGUGGAUGAUUAUUACAUCAACGGAGCGUGGACCAUCGACUGGCCCAGGAAGUUUGACAUCGCAGGGACGGCCUUCCACUACAAGAGACCCACUGAUGAACCGGAGUCUUUACAGGCGCUGGGUGCUACCACUGAAAUCCUGAUUGUCAUGGUCCUCCUUCAGGAGCAGAACCUGGGAAUACGCUACAAGUUCAACGUGCCCAUCCAGCGCACAGGAAGCGGUGACAACGAGGUGGGCUUCUCCUGGCACCACCUGCCCUGGUCUGACUGCUCAGCGACCUGCGCUGGAGGUUCCCAGAAGCAGGAGGUGGUGUGUAAAAGGCUGGACGACAACUCGGUGGUCCAGAACAGCUACUGUGACCCAGACAGCAAAACUCCAGAGAACCAGAGAGACUGCAACACUGAGCCGUGUCCUCCAGAGUGGUUUAUUGGUGACUGGUCGGAGUGUGGGAAGACGUGUGACGGCGGGAUAAGGACGAGGACGGUCUUGUGUAUCAGGAAGAUCGGCCCUGCUGAGGAGGAGACGCUGGAGGACACCCACUGUCUGACUCACCGACCUAUCGAACGAGAGUCGUGUAACAACCAGUCCUGCCCGCCAAAGUGGAUCACUCUGGAUUGGUCGGAGUGUACACCUAAAUGUGGCCCCGGCUUCAAACACCGCAUCGCCUUGUGUAAGAGCAGCGACCUGACGAAGACCUUCCCGCCCGCCCACUGCCCGAGCCACAACAAACCUCCGGUCCGAAUCCGCUGCAGUUUAGGACGCUGUCCUCCUCCUCGCUGGAUCCCUGGUGAAUGGGGACAGUGUUCGGCGCAGUGCGGCCUGGGCCAGCAGAUGAGGACGGUGCAGUGUCUGUCUUACACCGGGCAGCCGUCUAAUGAUUGCGCAGAGUCCCUCCGACCCACCACCAUGCAGCAGUGUGAGAGCAAGUGCGACGCCACCCCCAUCUCCAAUGGCGACGAGUGCAAAGAUGUUAACAAAGUGGCCUAUUGCCCGCUGGUCCUGAAGUUCAAGUUCUGCAGCCGUGCGUACUUCAGACAGAUGUGCUGCAAGACCUGCCAGGGCCACUGACCCUUGGAGCAUAAGAGCGAGACAAAAGAUAGAAAGGCAAGAAAGAUGGAGGGAGGCUGACGCGGCACUGAAAGGGAGAGAAGAAGAAGAAAACAGGGCAGACUGAAAAAACAACAACCUCCGGUCCAGUGAAGGAGAGAUGAAGAGAGAUCGACGCUGGCGAAGCGGAGGAGAAGUAAGGAUGUCCCUGUUCAUCACACCUGGUCCUCCUGCCCUCCAUCGUGGUGGAACCCAAACCACUGCUCAGCCCACAACGCUGACACAAACUGUUUUUAAUUUUUACUUCUGUGAAGUGGAACUUGGAAGAUUGUUCGUCGGUGAUGUUAUUUUUAUUAUAAUAAUAAUUAUUGAUAUCAUUGUUAGUCUUCCUUCGUGUUUGUUGUUUUAUGAAUCCAAAGUGCUGGACACAUCGCUCGCAGAGGAUGUAACCCCGGAGAUGGACAGACGGAGGGGAGUACUCCUCGCUAGAAGAGGGGACGUGUCGGACUCCUGUCUUUGGGACGACUGUGACGGUGCUAUUGGCAGGCAGACUUUUGGCUUCGGUGCACUUUUCCGUGUAAAUACUUUGCCAAGUUACCGCUCAGAUACGACAGAGAAACCAUCAGUGUACUGUAUAUUUAUUGUACAAUUCCAAGCAGAGCUGAGAUAUUGUCCUCUGAUCAUGUUUGUGUCAGAUAGUAGCCUACUGUCGUGGAAGGGAAUGUAAUGUGAUUGAAUUCAUAUUCGACGUCUCUGUGCUGGAAUGAAAAUAUUACAUACUGUAACAUACGUUAAACCCUUAUAUACUGUAAGGAUUUGUAUUUUAUAUAUGAUGUUAAUCCAGGACCAGAAAAUACCACAUGGUUAUAGGAGGAUCACUUUUUCUUUCCCUAGACGGGUGCCUUAGUUCCUAACACUUAAGUAAGAGCUCACCUAGUGUCAUUAGUCCAAAGUAGUAUGAAGAUCAGACGGUGCCUGGGCCACAUGAAAAACUAUAACCAAACUGGCCUUUACUAAACAUCCCAUUGAGGAGCUUUCAGUUCACUAUUGAAGGAUUCAUUUUGAAGGAGCGUAUUCUAUGAAGCAGCUUAUUCAUUGGAAUCACAGAGCAGUCACUAUUAAUAACUUUGUUUUUAGGUUGGAUGAUUAUUUAAUCAAAGACUGUCAUGGUUUCAGCGCUUAUAAGAGUUAAAGGAAGUUCAACAUUUGCUUUGUUAGCCGAGAGUUAGACGAAAAGAUGCCAGUCACCGUCACGUCUGUCGUGUAAAUAUGAAGCUUUAGCCACUUAGCUUAGCAUAAACGGGGAACUAGCUAGCUUGGCUCUGUCAAAAAGCUAAUGAAAUCCGCUGAAAGUCAAUAAUUAACAAUUUUAUAUCUAAUUUCUUGAAAUCCAUCCAAAAACCGGAGUGUAAAAGUUGUACCUCCAGUGGUUUUAUUUGUAAGGAUAUUUAUUUUGCGAGAUAAAACAAGUUACGUAUUAAGUUUUAGAGUGGCUAGCUGUUUCCAACUUAGCUAAGCUAAGCUAAGCUAACCGUGUCCUGGCUGUAGUUCCAUAUUCAACGUACAGACAUGAUGAUCAUCUUCUCAUCCAAUUCUCAGUAAGAAAAGAAAUAAGCGUAUUUCUUAAAAUGUCUAGCUUUUCCUUUAAGUGACCAGAGCUAAAUAUACACAAACACAAAAACCACAUUAAUUAUGGAUAUGUUGCCAGUCCACGUAUUCAGGCUUCAGACACCCCCUCCAGAGAAAGUUACACCCUCGUCCAGUUUCCCUUUCUACUCGUCAUCUUUGUCCCUCAGCGAAAAAGACAAAAACGGCCGACUCAAUGGUGCUUUCCCCCUCUUUUAUUUUAUUUUUUUAUUUCCAUGGAGUACUGUGUUUACCUCUUCUUUUCCUCCCGCUCUGCUCCGAGGGUUACGGCCUUCCCAGGCUUCUGGUGCUAUCAAGUGGGUGCUUCCAUUCAACCCUCCAGUGUGCUUAAAAGUGAGGCUGGAUCCAAACAAUAUGAAAUAAUAUCCUUGUCAAUAUCUCUGUUGGUAAAUGCUGGUCAUGUUAUUGUUUUGUUUGUGUCUGUUUAUACCUCACACUGGGAAUUUUCAUUGUUAACCGUGUAUUGUUGUUUGUGCUACCAACAAAAUGGAUGCUCACCCAGUUGUAACUGACUUACCCAGGUGACAUUACUGCUGGUGUCGGGGGUUGUGAAAGGGAACGUCUCCAUCACACACUUGUUAUGGAGGUACAGUAAGAGUCUGAGAAAUCUGAAAGACAAAUUAAGGAGCGUGCAAGAAUCUCAUCGAAGCUGUUAACAACUCAUUUCUAAUUUUGCUGCUGCUACUUUUUUUUGUAGCCACCUUCAGUAAGACAAUGUCGAGCAGAUUUAAUCGGUUACCAAACCUGUUGGGGAAAGGACAGUGGAUGCUGAGAAGUAUUUGAAAUCAGUUGAAUUCAAAGUGCUUGGACUCACUCAUCUACUGGCUGCGGGAUACGGAGCCUCCAGAAAAAGAGAAGUGAAAUCACUCAAACUGGUACUCAUUGCUGUGAACUUGGAUGUUUGAAUGUCACAUUGCUUACACCUGUACCUAAAGUGCAAGAGAAAUGAAAAGCAUCAUGUGAUUAGUUGCGUAUAUUUUAUAUUCAGUAUUAAUGUUGGUACACUGUUACUAAUUUUUUUUUUUUUCCAAAUGUAAAUUAUAUGCUAAUUUAUUGCGUUGUCUCACUUGUACAUUUAUUUCACUGCAUGCGAAACUGAACUUUAGCAUAGUGAAAAUAAAAAUGCAGUGAUGCAGCCCUUCACCAGCCCUUUUUUUUAAAAAGUAGAUACAAUAAAAAGAGCAGCU